AGCUUCUGCACACACAAGAAUCAUUUAAGAAUAAUGAGCAGCUAACAGGAGCAACAGCACGCUCCAUGGGAUGUUUAUGUUGCCUACGGCGGCUCCGUAUUGGUGACUACUUUGACGUUACACGCACUUUAACAGCAACAACGCCGACGUGAGACAAACACUAGCCUGGGACCUCUGACGCUGGCGACCCGAUCUGAACUUGUACAACACAUGCACGGUGGAAGGCGUUUACAGAAUCACGUCCAUCUAGAGCUGUUCUUUCAUACACUUCUGUGUACAUGUCCCUGUUAUAGCUAUAUGAUGCCGGUAUUUGAAUAUUGUAUAUGAAACUGUAUUCUAUUCAUGGACAUAGGAAAUUAACUGUCUUCGAUCUAUGGACAAGGAAAAGAAAAGUCUUCGAUCUUUGGAUAUAGGAACGCAACUGUUUUCGAUCUUUGGACCAGCAAAGGAACUUUCUCCGUUCUUUGGACAUAGAAAAGCAUCUGCCAUCGAUCUUUGGACCAGCAAAGGAACUUUCUCCGUUCUUUUGAUAUAGGAAAGAAACUGUCUUCGAUAUUUGGCUAUAGGUACGAGAUAUUCGUAUCUGGCCUUGCUGUGCAAAAAAAACGAAGAUUGAACUCUGAUCUUUUGAUAUUGUAAAGAUAAGAUUUGACUCCCAACUUCGCACUAUGCAAAAUGCUCCUGAGGAUUCACCGGUGAACUAAAUAAGGACGUUGGCGUCAAAUCUUCGGUACUGACUUUUGUAAUUUAUUGAGAUUGCUCCUAGCCUUGACCACGAGUUGUGGAAUCUCAUCCGACUUAAAUACAAUAAUAAUAGUCAGCUGUAUACAGAGUAUAUUUCAGCAUGUAUGUGUGUGUCCUAGCGUGGAAACCUGUUUCAAACACUACUCCCUAACACUUGGACGUCCCACGUACACACGCGCCCUCUGGAGGGUGGAUCUGACAUUUCAACCUACUCUUGUCUUGGGCCGGCAAUACAGACUCUCCGUCGGGUGGACGCCCGAGUUAUAGAAUGGGGGUUACAGACCAGCAGAAGAAAGAAAUCCAGGAGACGUUUGAUCUCUUUGACGUUGACCAUGACGGCAGAGUGACCACCAAGGAGAUGGGCACCAUCAUCCGGGCAUUCUUCAUCGUGGCCAAUGACGGACAGCUGCGGGCUUUCCUCGGCAAGCUUGAUCAAGAUGGAGAUGGGUACGUCAACUACACCGAUUUCGAGCGCUUCAUGGUUGAGGAGCAACUGACCACGGUGUGUCGGGACGAGAUGGAUGACGACCUCUCCGCGGCCUUCCAAGUGUUUGACAAAGACGGCAAUGGUUUCAUCGACGCUGAGGAAUUCAAGGAAGUCAUGGUUAAUCUAGGAGACAAGAUGUCAACGGAGGAGGUGGAGGCGUUGAUGAAGGAGGCGGACACUGACGGGGACGGCAAGAUCGACUACACAGAGUUCUGCAGGCACAUGAAGAGAAACAUUCUGCUCGAAGACGGCAAAGGAUAGUGGCGGAAUGUGAACGAAAACUGUGUACAUCGAGGAUUAUUGAUACGUUGCCCAUAAACCAGAAUGGUUUUGAUCUGUUGCUCAAUACAAAUUAUAAUGCUCCGAUUUAAUCGGGGUACGUCAACUUACCUAAAGUAUAUAUUAUAGUCACUGCAACAUUGCCAAGAUUUAAUCUAUGUAUUAUUUACCUAUUUCGUUUCUAUGGUUCCAUGUUUGAAUGUUUCCUAGCAUCUCUCUGUACAGUUUUAAAAAAAAAGGUUUAGAAGCUGCUAUCUAAUUACUUGAAAUGAUUGUUUAGAAGCUGCUAUCUAAUUACUUGAAAUAAUUCAGAAAUGCAGUGUCUCUUCAUUAGAUGACCCGACAGACAGCAUCCCAGGUACAUCAGAGAAACAUGCGUGGACCCUUUGUAGCAUCCCAGGUACAACAGAGAGACAUGCAUAGACCCUUUGUAGCAUCCCAGGUACAACAGAGAGACAUGCAUAGACCCUUUGUAGCAUCCCAGGUACAACAGAGAAACAUGCGUGGACCCUUUGUAGCAUCCCAGGUACAACAGAGAGACAUGCAUGGACCCUUUGUAGCAUCCCGGGUACAACAGAGAGACAUGCAUGGAACCUUUGUAGCAUCCCAGGUACAACAGAGAGAUAUGCAUAGACCCUUUGUAGCAUCCCAGGUACAACAGAGAGACAUGCAUGGAACCUUUGUAGCAUCCCAGGUACAACAGAGAGACAUGCAUAGACCCUUUGAAGCAUCCCAGGUACAACAGAGAGACAUGCAUGGACCCUUGUAGCAUCCCAGGAAGAACAGAGAGACAUGCGUGGACCCUUUGUAGCAUCCCAGGAAGAACAGAGAGACAUACAUGGACCCUUUGUAGCAUCCCAGGUACAACAGGGAGAUAUGCAUAGACCCUUUGUAGCAUCCCAGGUACAACAGAGAGAUAUGCAUAGACCCUUUGUAGUAUCCCAGGUACAACAGAGAGACAUGCAUAGAUCCUUUGUAGCAUCCAAGGUACAACAGAGAGACAUGCAUGGACCCUUUGUAGCAUCCCAGGUACAACAGAGAGACAUACAUGGACCCUUUGUAGCAUCCCAGGUACAACAGGGAGACAUGCAUGGACCCUUUGAAGCAUCCCAGGUACAACAGAGAGACAUGCAUGGACCCUUUGUAGCAUCCCAGGUACAACAGAGAGACAUGCAUAGACCCUUUGUGGCAUCCCAGGUACAACAGAGAGACAUGCAUAGACCCUUUGUAGCAUCCCAGGUACAACAGGGAGAUAUGCAUAGACCCUUUGUAGCACC